AAAACCUGCACAUAUUCCACUAAUAACUAAUUCCAGUCUCCAGAUUGAUUUCAAUAUAAAAGUCAUAUUUAGUUUUAUUAGAAUGAAAAGUUACAGACAUGACAACCACAUGCAAUGUUUCGGAGGCAAAUGUUGACCCAGACUAUGAGACCUUGCAGGAGGAAAGUGUUGGUGAAGUUAAUGAAAGUUUACAGCGAGAAGAUGCAAGGGACCAGACUGUUCAAAAAAUUCAGGACAUAAUUCAUGAACAGUUCUCAUUCGAGAUCAAUCUUAAGGAAAAAGAAGUCUCAACACUUAACAGCAGAGUUCAUGAAUGUCGAACAAACUUGGACCGACUCAGGGCAUGUAUCCUUGCUGGAUAUUAUGGAUAUGGCACCCCACCUCAGUCAGCACGCCAGGUUGGUGCACGAACAGGAAAAACCAGAAACUCAACUUUAAAGGAAGCAAGUCUACAUGAAAUUAUGAAUUGGAAGAAAUCUUUGCCACCAAACAUUAAGGAACAACCAACUGAUCAAAAUUUAUCCAAUCCUGACUGCACCAAAAAAGACUUAACAAAGACCAGUAAUCCAACCCCUAGGGACAUUGAUUCUCUAAAUUUGUUUGAAUGUAGUAAACGUGAGUCGUUUGAUAACGAGUCGAGGUUCUAUGUCAAAAGAAGAAUCAUAAUUGGCAACACGUCAAAGUACAUUCUCCCUGAACAGCGAGAGAGAAACGACAGGUCCACUCACAAAUGGAUGGUUUAUGUCCGUGGUCCCAAAGAUGGCAGUGAAUUGAAUAAUUUCAUAAGCAAAGUAUGGUUCCUGCUCCACCCAAGUUACCAACCCAACGAUCUGGUUGAGGUGUGCAAACCCCCUUUUCAGGUAACGAGACGAGGCUGGGGUGAGUUUCCUGUUCGUGUCCAACUGCAUUUUGUUGAGAACAAGAACAAGCGUGUUGACAUUAUUCAUCAUUUAAAACUUGAUAAAUCAUACACAGGCUUGCAAACGCUUGGUGCAGAGACACAUGUUGAUAUUGAACUUGAUCGAAAGAACUUUGACGGUUUGAGCAUGAGUAAAUCUUUGGUUGAAGAUACUAACAGGAAGAAUAUAACCUCUAGUUCACAAGUCCUACCCACGAACCUUUGUUCAGUGAGGGAAUCUGCAGCACCAGUUAGUUCUAAGUGUUUUGAGCUACCGCCAGUAGAAAAUGUCACUGCAGUGGAUUCUGGUAGCCCAAAGGAGGUAGGGACGGUUAAAUAUGGUUCCAAUCCAGACCAUGGUAUUUUUUGUGAUCAUUCGUACAGCAGUAUUGGGACAGAAGAAAAAACAAGCACCGAACAUGAUAUGAAAUACCCAACACCACCAACCUCCGCUAAUGGUUCAAGAUGUUCAUCACCUAGAAAAGAUCCUAAAUUGACAGAAUCGUUCUCAGUUGAAGCAGACAUCGAGCAAGAAUCUUUGCUACGAAAAUCGAUUGAGCAAUUCCCUGUCAUAACAGCUGAAAAAAACUUCAAUACACCGGGCUAUUGUGCUAGCAGUUUGGAGCAGUUCUUCAGUUGGACCAUUGGUAAACGGCUGGCAGCGGAAUGGCAGCGCGCACUAGCUAUAAAGGCGCAUAUAAAGAAACAGAAAGCUUUGAGAUUACGUCUUGAGAAUGAGGUGCUGGGUCUGGAAGCACAAGUCAAGGAAGAGAGCCAUGCAUUGUCGCUAUCUACAAAAGAUGUCAUGAAUUACUGUCGCACACAUGGGUACACGCCGAUGAUGGUGGAUGCUUUGUCUGAAGGAGAGACGCUUUGCAAGUUUUGUGGUGAGGAAGUAGAUGAAUCCGAAUGUGACGAGGAUGGCCGGCCUAUGUUAGCUCAUGAGGAAUGUGUUUCAGAGUUUGAAGAGGAUGAUGUUUCAGGGACUUACACUACUGCCAAAUCAUUUUUGGAAAUUUUAAGCAAGUCAGAGGCAACUUCGGUAAAGCAAGAUGAGAGAAAGAUAGAUGAUGAUGUAAUCGAUGUGGUUGGAGUAACGCACAAAAUCGUAACCAGAGAUCCCUCAAAGCCAAGGUUGUUUUUCCUUCCUGUGACAGUAGAGCAUGAGUGGGUGCAAGAAAUAGCCCAAGAAGUGAAUGUAUCGUUGACAAAUUCCGAUAUUGAUGGUGUUCAUGCUCCUGUCACAUCCGCAAUGCUGUUCAAAGCAUGUGCCAUGUUUGUUGAAGAUAUUGUUCGCAAGGCGAACAGAUUUACGUGGAAAUCCACGAUGCACAUUCCAAAAGCAAAGUGUAUUCUUCCGUCGCACGUGAAACAAGCUGUGGACGCUAUACCACAUUGUGAUUUUUUGACCAACAAGAAUAUGAAAGUUGAUGUCGACACACCAGACGACUGACAUAAAUUGAAAAGCACUGUAGCCAGUUGUAGAGAACUGAAUAGCGCUAUCCACCUCUAGUGAUUUCUCAGUCAUCGUAAAAAGCCAUGGAAAGCAAUAAAGCAACAGUUUUUGGCUCCCAACAGAUAUGAGAACUUCUAUCCCGAUAAGAAUGCUAUAUAAGUCUCAACCCAGGCUACACCAAAGUUCAGGCAAUUUUGAAGGGAUUUUAAACGCUAUACGCGUUGGAUAGCGUUAUCAGCCUCUCAGUCCUUCGUUAAACUGGACACUGUUUUGUAAUGAAAAUUACCUGACUGGUAUUCAGUUUCGUGUAUUCCGUCCGAAUUUAGAUUCAUUCAUUUCUAUUCAAAUAUUCUAGAACGCAAUACAAUUGCAUACUUAAACAAAACACUAAAUUCUGUUUAUUUAUUUAAGAAAAAAAACUAAAAGUAGUCUUACUGUUUACAACAAAAAC